CUCCCGGCGUUCCAAGUCAUCCACCUGCCUCUUCUCUCUCUCUUCCUCUCUGGGGCUUGUGUUGGAGCUCUAACGAUGGGGAUCAGCGGGUGGCGCCGUGGGCGGAUCAUUGGCAGGGGGACCUCCGCUACCGUCUCGCUCGCCACCUCGGUGUCCUCGGGCGACGUCUUCGCGGUCAAGUCGUCGGAGCUCUCUCGCUCUUGGCUCCUGCAGAGGGAGCAGAGGAUCCUCUCCGCGCUCGAUUCGCCGUUCGUCGUCUCUUAUUUUGGUUUCGACGUCGCCGCCCAGACGCCAGGAGCAGGUCUCUGCUAUAAUCUUUUCAUGGAGUACGCUGCCCGGGGCUCGCUGUCCGACGAGAUCAGGAAGCAGGGCGGUCGGCUUGACGAGCUCGCCAUCCGAUCCUACGCAUGCGACAUCCUCGGCGGGCUGGCCUACCUGCAUUCCAACGGCGUCUUCCAUUGCGAUCUGAAGAGCCAGAACGUCUUGAUAUGCUCCGGUGGGCGGGCCAAGGUUGCGGACUUUGGGUGUGCGCGGAGCGCAGAGGAGGAGGACGAGGACGAGAGGGGAUGGAUGAGGGGCACGCCGAUGUUCAUGGCGCCGGAGGUCGCGCGGGGGGAAGAGCAGAGCGCGCCAGCUGAUAUCUGGGCCCUGGGAUGCACCGUCAUCGAGAUGGCCACCGGUCGACCCCCAUGGCCGCUCGUCUCGGACGCCCUUAGCGCUCUCCACCAGAUCGCCUUCGCCACCGACGUGCCUGAGUUCCCGCGAUGGAUCUCCGAGGAGGGAAGGGACUUCUUGAGCAGGUGCUUGAGGAGGGAUCCUCUGGAGCGGUGGACGGCGGAGCAGCUGCUCCAACACCCGUUCGUUGCCGCGUCUCGUGUCGCCAAUCCUCCAUCGAAAUCCGACUGGAUUUCUCCUAAAAGCACUCUCGAUCAGGCCUUCUUGCAGUCGCUUUCCGACGACGACGACGACGACGACGGCCAGGUGCUGGACCAAACAGAGGAGGACCCAUUCGAGAGGAUGCAGAGCCUAAUCGGAGACGCUGCUCCCAACUGGACGUGGGAUGAGACCUGGGCGACGGUGCGAAGUAAUGGCGGCUUUCCGGUGACCGAAUCCAUCACCGAAGACGGGAGAUCAACAAAUCCAAUCACGGAUAGCAGCGAACAACUCAUGCUCAGCACGAACCCCAUGGAGACAGGGCAUGUCGGUGGCAACAGAUCAAGCGACCAUAACUUAUCUGAAACUAGUGUUCUUCCAAUAGCGGAGGGACGCAUCCUCCUCAAAUGUAAAACAGAGAAUUGUACAUUCGAGAAUGCCAACUUUUCCUUGAUGAACAACAAGGAACGCACUCGAGCUCCUUUUGGCCAUCGAACUCCAAUCUUUCCAUCUGUGAUGUCCAAUUCCGAGCUACGGAUUAAUGCGCAGCUACAGCUCCUUAGUCACUAGAAAACAAAAACUGGUUACCGCGC